CCCGAAAAUCACCGUGAGGAACGUCUGAGGUUGACGCACCGAGGGUACGAAGAAAGGCAAAAAGAAAAAAAAAGAAAACAACAAGCGAGGCAACCGAGCAGCAAAAAAAAAAUAAAAAAAAAAAUGUCUGAAUCCAAGUACCGCGAGUGGAUCCUGGACACUAUCGACUCGCUGCGGUCUCGAAAAGCCCGGCCGGACUUGGAGAGGAUUUGCCGAAUGGUCCGGAGACGACACGGGUCCGAGCCCGACCGAACCUGCGCAGAACUGGAGAAACUGAUUCAGGAGCAAACCGUGCUGAAAGUUAACUACAAGGGCUCUAUCUCGUACCGAAACGCCGCCAAGGUUCAGCGGAGGAGCAGAAAAAAGGACGAUGUGUCGUUAACGACGGCUGCGAGAAGGAGCGCGGUGGAAGAAGCCAGUCAUUCCGACUUGAGCAACGGGGACAGCGCUUUCGGUGCCGUUGACCAGGACGAGGAGGAUUUGGAGGCUGACACCUCCAUGGCUAUGGACACAGACAGCAAUGCUGAUGAGGAGGGGGCAGAUGAGAGCCGUGACGGCCAGGACAGACCCUCUCCCGGUCGCACGCACGAAGACGCUGCCGUGCGUUGCGCCCCCGUGCGAGCAGCCUCUGCCCCCUGCUCCCCCUCUGGCGCUCGGCCUGGCCCCGGCACCGGUCCCGGCCCCGGCUGCAGCCCUGGCUCGGGUCUGGACUGUGCCUCUCUCCAGAAGGCUGGUGAGAGGCCCAACUCCUUACCCUCCUCCAGCCCCAGGGCCCUCGCACACAAUGACUGGGCUUAUGAUCCUGCUCACUGCCCAGCAGAGCGCCAGCACCCAGGAAUGCAGCGAGACAAAGUAGCCACAAAGCCAGCAGUCCACUCUGAAACUAGCAGCCCCUGUGUUUUAAACAACGUAAAGAAAGAAGAUGGAGGCAAGGUGGAGGACAGCAGCCUCCAGUCCGACCAGCUGGUACCAGACUAUGCAGCACGACUGGAUGAGACCAAGAAUGUAUCUGAUGGAAGAUCACAAACACUGUCCUCCCCAUCUGACAACUGCACAUUUAAGAAGAUAGACAUAUCAUCCUUCACGGUAACUGAAGACACUCUUCUGAAUGGUGGAAAAGGUGAUGAAGUCUCGGUGAAGAAGGAGACGAUGAGCCAGAACCUGUUGCAGUGGACUGUGGCAGAUGUGGCCAGUUACUUCUCAGCUGCAGGAUUUCCAGAGCAGGCUGUGGCAUUCAGAACGCAGGAAAUUGAUGGGAAGUCCCUUCUCCUAAUGCAGCGAAGUGACGUCUUGACCGGUUUGUCAAUCCGACUCGGCCCUGCCCUCAAAAUCUAUGAGCGCCAUGUAAAAGUGCUGCAGAGGACCCACUUCCUGGAGUACGAGGACCUCUGAAGUGGAGAUUCCAGUGACAGACAAUGCUGCAUUGACUCAAACAUGCAUGCAGAGGCCUCCCCCAUCUGGAUCCUACCGCCAACCUCCAAAUACAGCGUAUGUCGAGGGGUGCGUGGAGUCGGGGGGGACGGCUGUGAUGGAAUUCACUUUCACUGUGAGAAUGACCAGAAACUGAAAGACAGUUGUCCUACCUCUCAUCGUGGUUUUAGUUUUCAAAUGGAUUUCAUUUCAUGUGGGCCCAUCGCGGAGGGAACAGACGGCUACAUUCGGAGGAUGUUUGUAAGCAGAGCGGCAGUGACCGUUCGUCAUUACGUCGGGUAAUGCAGCCACUGAAGAGGACCAAGGGGACCACCUAUGGGCGACUGUAUCCACACAGACUGUCCUGUGGCUACACUGUUGCCAUAGGUUUGGAUGUCCUCCCUGUGUCUGAUAUGGUACCAUCUGUUGGACCAGAAACUAUUUCUCAGUCACAGACAAACAUAAAGCACAUCUAUUGUGCGUCUUCCUUUUCUUGUAUGAUGAGUCAGUUUAAAUGUAAUCAAAGUGCUGGGGAAGUCAGACUGUCUACGUAUCUGCAUCAAAACUUAAGAGUCUGAUUCCUGACUUGUCAUGCCACCAAAAGCUGCUGUUUUGGAUUGUGUCUUAGCGUCCUUUCAACGCCGAGAUAUAACCAAUAUAAUAUACUACUACCUGAUGUUGUUUUUUAAAUUUUUUUUAUUUUUGUUCUGUCUUAAUUCAAAAUGAUUGUGGUCCAAAAACACAGUUACAUUUUGGGGAACAAUUGCAGAUUGAUGUGACCAGAAAAUAUGCAUCCUGAUGAAAUUUGCUUUUAUACAUUAGCAACGUAAAGUAAUGAACUUGUAUGAAAUGUUCUUGUAAUACUGAUUAUAUUAUUCUAAAUUCAGUACAGCUGCUCAGCAUCUGUUCACAGAGCAGAUAUCUUGAUGAAAUGCAAUAUUUUAUGUUAUCAUCCAUUUAUAAUUUGUCUGGUGUCGCUUUGUGUUUCGAUCUAAGCCAGCCACUUGAAUUGUAACAUUCCAUAUGAUGUAGUCUUCAUCUCAAGUGUAUCCCCUCCUCUCUUUAUCUGUAACACGGACAUUUCUUCCAGAGUCACAAAUAAAGCUCAUGUCUCUGUUUA